AGCGUGCCCAAAAUGGCGGCGCGGUCGUCGUCGGGGGCGGCGGCGGCAGAGGGGGCGGUGGGGGUGGCAACGGCGGCUGUGACUGCGGCGCAGGGCCUGGGCCGGGGGCAAUGAGGCUGACCCGCCGCAGAGCCGUGUAGCGGACACACAGACCCUCCUCCCCGCCGCGGCCGAGCCGGGGGCGCGCGCGCGCGCGGCCGUCGCAGCAGCCUGCCCUCUCCCAACUCCGAGGCCCCGCACGGCACCCCACCAGGGCCCGGAGGAUGAUGAAGCUCAAGUCGAACCAGACCCGCACCUACGACGGCGACGGCUACAAGAAGCGGGCUGCGUGCCUGUGCUUCCGCAGCGAGAGCGAGGAGGAGGUGCUGCUUGUGAGCAGUAGCCGCCAUCCAGACAGAUGGAUUGUCCCUGGAGGAGGCAUGGAACCUGAGGAGGAGCCGAGUGUGGCUGCGGUCCGUGAAGUCUGUGAGGAGGCUGGAGUAAAAGGGACCUUAGGAAGGUUGGUUGGAAUUUUUGAGAACCAGGAGAGGAAGCACAGGACUUACGUGUAUGUGCUUAUUGUCACAGAAGUGCUGGAAGACUGGGAAGACUCCGUGAACAUUGGAAGGAAGAGAGAGUGGUUUAAAAUAGAAGAUGCCAUCAAAGUGCUACAAUGUCACAAGCCUGUGCAGGCAUCCUACUUUGAGGCGCUGAGGCAAGGCUACUCUGCCAACAACGGCACCCCUGUCGUGGCCACCUCAUACUCCACUUCCGUGUCAGGCAUCAGAUGACUGCAGACUUGCUGUAAGAGCCAGAGAGUGGAAACCAGACUGAAGUGUGGCUCUCCUCACCACUCCCUCACCCUCCUCACAGCCUCCUCUUUGACCCAGGCAUGGUGGGCAACAGAGAGGGGUACACUGAGGCGCUGCUGGGUUGUGGAGUGAUGUGGGUGGUGUGUGGGGUGAUGGGAACUUCUUUCUCUUUUUCCUGAGGGUGGGACUGGGAUGUAACUCACGAGUACUUUCCUGCAUGCUCCAUUCCUCCCUCCCUCACCCUGCCCCCUGAGAGAGGAACCCUGUUCUCCCUCCCAUUUUGGGUUCUGAAGCGUUCCCAUUUGCCUCAUCCCAGCCUAGCCAGGUAUUUUCUCUAAAUUUUUUUUUUUUUUUCAUUAAAAGACACCCAUGUGAGAUGAAACCUUGUAGGAAUCUGUCCUGUGAUAUGCUGUUGAGGCCCAAGGGGUAGCCAUGUCCCUCAGGAUGCAUUUGUCUACACAAACAGGAUAUGUGUAAAUGAGAGAUUUAGAAAGAACAUCUUGACUGUUUAGUUUUUGCAGAGUUUUGCUUUUCUUUUUCUUUUAUUUUUUAUCCUGGGUAUUUCUAGUUUAAGACCCCUCACACUUUACAUGUUUGUUUCAAUGCUGGUGACUGGGCAGGCUUCCCUGUCCUCUAUUCCCCAGCCACGGUGAGCUUAGCCAUCUUCCUUUGCUCCUGGGACCCUAGCCUUCUUGAAGGCUGUUUCCAUACCAAGGAACCUGUUUUCUUUUCUGUUACCAAGCCUGGAGCAAAUGGCCUCAGCCAGAGCCAAAGAAAGUGCUAGAAAUUGAAUUCUGCUGACUGAUGUGUGUUCACAGUAGGCUUUAAACUGGAUACCUUCCCUGUCUUAGAAACUGGACCAUCACGCACCAUGUCUGUCCUGCUGCCUGGGAAUUUUUUCCUUAACGCUGUUCAUUGCUGACAUGGCCCUUACCCUUGUAUGCCUUACACCACUCUGACCUGGAUAUGACCCAAUGCUCUGAAGCCAUCCUGCACAGACCUGUCCCUGUGCUGAGGCCCCACUGAGACCCUGAGAAGGACACAGGGAAAGUGUACCUGUGUCUCUGAGGUCGGAGCAUGUGCCAAUGGUUGCACACUAGCUUGCUGUCUGCCCCUGUAAAAGGUCAUCUGUAGGAGGGGCUCACUUUGUGACCCUCUGGCUUGCUAAAGGCUCCUGUUGGUGUUUUGUGCUGAACUUUUCUACCAGUUGUGGUGUUUAGUUGAGAAAUAAAAGGUCUUGGACAAGACCUUGAACAAGGAGGGUGGGAAGGAGCUGAUGCCUGGUUUAGUGUGGGCUCGGGACUCUGGCAUUGCCUGUUUGAAACGUAGCCAAGAUGUGAAAUUAAAACAGUACUUCUCUUUAUUUAAAAACUAAUAAAUACUCAAACUUUGAAAA